GACUGGAAGCAAUCCACUUGCUGUGAAAUCAGAUUUGGAACCUCCUCGUUGACGGUAGACACGAUGACACCGCGCCAACGUUUUGACAAACAGCACAUUGGACCAAUCGUUGUUGAGAGCUUUUUUUUUUCGUUGCCGAGCCUACCAACCAUUAGAAAUUGAGUGGGCGGGACGUAGCGUGGGCCUGGCAUACAAGUCUGGUUGAACCCGAUCAUGAUCAGGAUGGGAUACUAGAGCGACAAAGAAGAAUUAAUGCUGAACGGAUACCACGCCUCUUCAUUUUAAAGCAACACCCCAUCCACACGGAUACUACUUUUCGCAAUUUAUUUUUGUUUUUAUUUUAAAAGGAAUGGCUAUGGAAAAGACUUAACCCGGGUGGUGUUGCCAAGUGACUCGUUGACAAGAGCUUACAAGUGAAGUUUGCCAACUUUUUGGGUUUGUGGCGGAGUUCUUCUGAAGUCAUUCCAGAAGGGGACUUACACAACUUUGGAGCCACAAUGGAUCAAGCAAGUGGUGGGGACGACCCCAAUAAAACUAAAAAGAAGUCCAGCGAGGAUGAAGGCAGAAACAAAAAGCUGAACAUACACAUAAAAACAUUGGCUGAUGAUAUGCGCGAUCGCCUUACCAGUUUCCGAAAGACAGGAAUGAAGAAGGAGAAGCCUCUCAUACAGCACCCGACGGACCCUCUCUCCACCCAGACUGAACUGCCCAUUCCUCAGCCACUCUUCGACGACCGCUCCAUGAACCUCUCGGAAAAGGAGAUCAUUGACCUUUUUGAGAAGAUGAUGGAGGACAUGAAUCUGAAUGAAGAGCGAAAAGCACCUCUUCGUGGGAAGGACUUAAGUACCAAACGGGAGAUGGUGGUCCAGUACAUCUCAGCCACUGCCAAAUCUAUAACUGGGAGCAAAGUUGCGGGUGGACUGAGGAACAGCAAGCAUGAAUGUACACUCUCAUCCCAGGAAUAUGUCCAUGAGCUUCGGUCUGGUAUCACAGAAGACAAGCUCCUCAAUUGCCUCGAGUCACUCAGAGUUUCUCUCACCAGUAACCCUGUCAGUUGGGUUAAUAACUUUGGUCAUGAGGGUCUUGGACUUCUUCUGGAUGCACUGGAGAAGCUCUUGGAUAAGAAACAGCAAGAAAACAUCGAUAAACGGAAUCAGCAUAAACUUAUUCAAUGCUUGAAGGCUUUCAUGAACAACAAGUAUGGGCUGCAAAGGAUCUUGGGAGAUGAACGCAGCCUGUUGUUACUGGCGCGAUCCAUCGACCCCAAACAGACCAGUAUGAUGACCGAGACUGUCAAGAUCCUGUCGGCGUUCUGUAUCAUUGGCGAGGAAAACAUCCUGGAUAAGAUUCUGGCCGCCAUGACAAUUGCUGCAGAACGGAAUAAUAAAGAGAGAUUUGCUCCAAUUGUGGAAGGACUCGAGAACCAUGAUGCCCAACAGCUUCAGGUGGCAUGCAUGCAGUUCAUCAACGCGCUGGUUACCUCCCCGGAUGACUUGGACUUCCGGAUACAUCUGCGGAAUGAGUUCCUAAGAUGUGGCCUCAAAAAGAUCCUGCCUGAGCUCAAAGAAACGGAAGAGCUGGACAUCCAGCUCAAGGUGUUCAAUGAGAACAAGGAGGAGGACUCUAUCGAACUCUCCCAUCGCCUGGACGACAUUCGAGCUGAGAUGGAUGACAUGAAUGAGGUGUAUAAUCUCUUAUCCAACAUGGUGAAAGACACGGGUUCCGAGGCCUACUUGCUGUCCAUCCUGCAACACCUGCUGCUCAUCAGGAAUGACUACUACAUUAGACCUCAGUACUACAAGGUGAUUGAAGAAUGCAUCUCCCAGGUGGUCCUGCAUCGAAGCGGGAUGGACCCCGAUUUUGGCUACAGUCGCCGAUUAGACGUGGACUUCACCCAUCUAAUCGAUCAGUGUGUGGACAAAUCCAAAGUUGAAGAGAGUGAGCAGAAAGCUGCCGAGUACUCCAAAAAGUUUGACGAGGAGUUCAGCGCACGGCAGGAGGCUCAGGCUGAAUCUCAAAAGAAAGAGGAGAGAAUCAAAGAGUUGGAGGGCAAGAUCCAGGCACUGGAGUCUCAGAUUGCAGCUGGUCCAGCUGCGCCUGGAGCGCCACCACAACUGGGAGGUGCUGCAGCGCCCCCUCCUCCACCGCCCCCUCCUCCACCACCUCUGCCGGGCGGCUGUCCUCCCCCACCGCCGCCUCCUCUGCCUGGCCAUGCUGGCGCUCCACCGCCUCCUCCUCUGCCGGGGGGUGGACCUCCCCCUCCGCCGCCACCACCCGGUUGUGGGCCCCCACCACCUCCUCCUUUCUUUGGGGGCCCGGGUGCACCUCCACCACCUCCUUCACUUCCUGUCCUCAAACUCCCGUACGGACUUCAGCCCAAGAAGGUUUACAAGCCUGAGACCGUGAUGAAGAGAGUCAACUGGAACAAGAUAGUGCCGCAGGAAAUGGCGGAGAAUUGCAUCUGGAUCAAAGUGAAGGAGGAGAAAUUUGAGAAUCCCGACCUGUUUGCUCAGCUCUCUCACUGUUUCUCGUCACAGAGCAAAGUGCGAAAGGAUACGAAAGAUGAGACUGAUGACAGAAUGACACAGUUUAAGAAGAAGGCAAGGGAGCUUCGCAUUUUGGAUGCCAAGACUGCACAGAAUCUAUCAAUUUUCUUGGGCUCGUUCCGCCUGCCUUAUGAAGAGAUCCGAGACAUUGUGCUUCAGGUGGACGAGGAACGACUAAGCGAGUCACUCAUCCAGAACCUGAUAAGAAACCUGCCGGAGCAGAACGAGCUGUCGUCGCUAGCUGAACUCAAGAGUGAAUAUGAAGAGCUCGUGGAGUCAGAACAGUUUGGCAUUGUGAUGAGUUCAGUAAAGCUCCUGCGGCCGCGUCUCAAUGGCAUCCUUUUUAAGCUGACUUUUGAGGAGCAAGUGAGCAACAUCAGACCCGACAUCAUGAACGUGACAUUUGCCUGCGAGGAAGUGAAAAAGAGUGAAGGCUUCAGGAAGCUCCUGGAGUUGGUGCUGCUGGUCGGCAACUACAUGAAUGCGGGCUCCAGAAACGCCCAGACAUUUGGAUUCAACAUCAACUUCCUCUGCAAACUGCGAGACACCAAAUCGAUCAGUCAGCACACCACACUGCUUCAUUUUCUGGCUGAGAAAUGUGAUGAGGCAUACCCAGAGAUUUUGAGAUUUCCAGAGGAACUGGAGCAUGUGGAGAGUGCCAGCAAAGUGUCUGCUGAAAUUCUCAAAAGCAGUCUGACCACCAUGGAGCGCCACAUUGUGAGGCUGGAGAACGACAUUGAGAACUUCCCCAAAAGCGAUGACCCGCAAGAUAAGUUUGUGGAAAAAAUGUCUGGCUUCUGCAAACAUUCACGGGAGCAGUACGAGAAGCUGUCCAUCAUGCACAAGAACAUGCAGAAGCUCUACGAGAAUACGGGUAGCUACUUCGCAUUCGACCCGCAAGUCCUGAGUGUGGAGGACUUCUUCGGAGACCUGUCCAACUUCCGCAUGCUCUUUUUGGAAGCCAUGAAAGACAACCACAAGAAGAGGGAGAUGGAGGAAAAGAUCAAGAGAGCCAAGCUGGCGAAGGAAAAAGCCGAGCGUGAGAAGCAGGAGCGCCAGUUGAAGAAGAAAAAGCUGAUUGACAUGAACAAAGAGGGAGAUGAAACUGGAGUGAUGGACAGCUUGAUGGAAGCUCUGCAGUCAGGAGCAGCCUUCCGUGAUCGACGAAAACGGACGCCACGAAACGGUGAUCAAAGUCCUUCCAGUCCAAGCUCUCGCUGGCCGGCCGCUAACUAUGGUUACAGAACCCUAGACAACCGACGUGCAGUCAUCGAAAGGUCGCGCUCACGCCACAACGCAAACCACCAAGCCCGAUGAUGCCAGAAUGAGAGCCAAAGAACAGAUGACUUCCCAAACGCCCUCUCACUGUGUUGCGCAUCCACGCAAAAACAACAGCAACACCAAGUUAUUCAUGCCUUAGACAUUUUAAGUUAAUCUUAAAUCUUGUCAUCUUUUAAAUCACAGGAAAAAAAAAAAGGUUUUCAGGCUGAUGAUGCUAUGCUGCUCAUAUGGAAACACUCCCACUAAGGACAACAGCAUCAUCGUGUCAAAAACGACCGAGUGCUUUUAACAAAGCUCCAUUAGUUUUGAAAAGAAAAUUCAACAGCCAAGUCGGAAGAAGCCGCAGCUAGAAAAACACAAGCUACUUACUGACUGUCAUCUGUAAGAGUGAACAGGACGUGAGUUAUCCCACAAAGCUACUAGAAACCUGGCUGCUGUCCAUGCCGAUAUUUCAUAGCAUGUGACUCACACUUUCAUUUUGACGCCACACAUUUUAUUUUUUUACUGUACUGUGUUUACUUAGGCUCCAUUUUUUUCAGGUCAGUUUUAUGACAGAGUAUUUAUGUUGGCCUCUAAAGUAAUUCCCGGAGCCUGCCAAGUGAGUGUGAUUGCUUUGAAAAGCCCCGUUUUCCAAAACUCUGUACCUGUUCAGUUUCCUCUGAUACUAGGAAACUUCUUUAACAUCACUCGUGUCAGCAUGGAUGAUACGUUCAAGACUCAAACCACAGUAGGUGAAAAUCUGCACUAAGGACAAUUUUUAAGAAACCGUAUUUCAACAUGUUUUUAAGGUAUUCAAGUAUCUAACAACACACAAGGAAUUCUUCACCGGUAGUUGGUGUCGCUCUAGUACAACAUACAUGUUGAGAAUGAAGAACAAUACAGUCAAUUGGCAAGUCGUGCGAUAGUGUAUUGUAUAUAAUACGAAUACUGAUUGGCCCAGCAGGGUGUGACAACAACAACUCGAGGCAGAAAACUGCCAGCAUGUUGCAUUGGAAUUGUGAGUUAGCUGUUCAAGUAUUUAAUAACUUAAUUGGAAGAGGGAAGAAGCUGUUGGAAUCCCUGCUAGUUUUGAUAUAAAUUCAUUGGUAGCGCCUACCCAAUGGAAGGAGCUGGAAGACCUGGUCCAAUAGGAUCUUGCCCGCUCUUGUCCUAGUUAGGGUGGUGUGCAAGCCUUCAAAGGUGGCUAAGGGUGGUGCCAAUAAUCCAUAAAAUAAGAGCUACCGUGUGCUUGCUUCAAGCGGUUUAUUUUGUCACUCCCAGUUAAAGUUUACUGUAAAACAUACACCUAUUAGCCCAAACCUGAUAUUGUCUCAUGAAAGUUUUCCAUCUUAAUGCUAACAUAUAGUACAAUGCGGAAAGCCAUGGCUUGGAUAUCUGAAAUUAGCAAAGCUGCUGCAAUAAUUCUACGCCUUCAAACACCUUCAACUGUUGGGGAACGGCAAAACCCGAGCAUAUAACACUACUAAAGAGCAUGCAGUAAUCUCUCGUUUUUCGCAGUUAAUUGGUACCAGACCUACCCCCGAAAAGACAAAAACACCGCGAAGUAGGGGUAUAUGCCGUUUUUUUUGCAUCAUAGGUCCUUGUCGUCUUGCUGGCGAUGCUGCAUUAUACCCUAUCAAUGCGGCUUCCCAGUGCAGUACUGUACUAA